AUGAUGAAGCUGUUACCAGUGCUGCUAUUCCUCGGAGUCGCGUGCUUGUCGCAUGCCCAGUUCUACGAGAACUACAAACUGUACGAGCUCCUCGUGAAGGACUCCGACCAUGUGAAUGAGCUGAACUUCUGGUACAACGAGGGUACGCUGGACUUCUGGAGCCAUGCAGCCCCGAACCGCUCGGUCACGGUCAUGAUUAGCCCGCGCGUUCGCCGUCGCUUCGAGCAGAUGCUAAAGGAGGAGGACAUCGAGUUCAAGCUGAUGAUGGAGAACGUACAGGAGAUGCUGGAUGCUGAGAAGGCCUGGCGCAAGGAACAGGAGCGCAUUCGCCCAACGAACGGUGCGAUCGACUUCAACCACUUCUGGACGCUGGACGAGAUUAACAACUACCUGGAGAAGCUGUCCGUGGCCUACCCGAAGCUGGUGACGCUGGUCGAGAUUGGCAGGACCACGCUGAACCGCCCGAUCAACGCGGUCACGAUCUCGACGAAGGGACGCAUCAACCAGAAGCGCCCGGUCGUGCUGAUCGAUGCCGGUCUGCAGGCACGCGAGUGGGCCUCCCAUAUGGCGGUGAUGCACCUGAUCCACCAGCUGGUCGUUAACUCCGACGCGAACCAGGAGCUGCUGAAGAACACCGAUUGGGUUGUGGUUCCGGUUGCGAACCCCGACGGAUACGCUUAUUCCCACGAAAUGAACCGUCUGUGGCGCAAGAACCGUUCCGCCGGUAAAACAAUCUGCCCGGGUGCUGACCUUAGCCACAACUUCCCAUUCCGCUGGCACUACACCUCGAACUCCUGCACUGAGGGCUACUCGGGUAGCGCGCCAGCUUCGGAGAGUGAGACCCGUGCGCUGAUGCUGUUGAUGGCGCAGUACGCACGCAGCAUGAAGAUGUACCUGACGGUGCACGCUUGUGGCGAGUACAUCCUCUAUCCGUACGGCUACGAUAACGUGCAGGUUCCGAACGCGGCCGUUCUCCAUAUGCUCGGUGAGCAGGCAGCGCGCGCUGCCCGUAAUGUCCGUGGUACGGUGUACCAGGUCGGUAGUGCCGGCAGUCUGCUGACCCCGCAGACCGGCAGCGCUGACUUCGUGUACGGUAGUUUCGGUGCCGAGUUUACGUACACGCUGGAGCUGCCGUGUGGCCGCACCGGUAGUGCCUUCCUGCUCGAGACCGACCGUUUGGCCCAGGUGUCGGCCGAGGCGUUCGAGAUGUUCAAGGUGUUUGGUAAGUUUGCCGGCAGUACGACCGUUGGCCGCCCGUACGAUUCGACCAAGGGUAACAAGGUAAAGGAUACCAAAGCAGUGACCGAUGAGGCCGACGCCUCAUCCUCCUCGGCCAAUGAGGACACACAGGAGGACGUCAGUGAGAAGUAG